CGGGUUCCAAAACGUUCUCUUCCAGCGAAGCUCGCACUACGCCUGUGCUUUUUUCGCUAUGGAGCACCGAGCUCCUUGGCCUUGGGCGCCUUCGGCGCGUUGCGUACUGGAACGCGCGGCCGUCGCACCAGCGCACAGCACCUACCACGCCCGCAGCGUGAGUGCCGCGGCAGAGAGACCGGUGCGGCCAGGAGCGAGGCGGCGCUCCCUCGCAGCUCUGCUCCUAGGCGUCAGCGCGGUUUUGUCGCGCCGCCCCAGCGCAGCCAGGGCCAAGCUCCUACGCUCCAGCCGUGAGGUGGCGCGUAGCAAGUUGGAGGAUGGCUCCGAGGUGGUGAAGUUGGCCUCGGGCGUCCAGUACGUCGACCGCCGAGUGGGCCGCGGCGAGGUCCCGCAGAUGGGAGACGUGGUUCUUGCCCACGUGAAAGGCUACUUGAUGGAGAAAGAUGACCCUGUCUUCAUCGAUACCUACUCCGACGGAGCGCCUUUGGUGUUCUCCUUGGGCACCAUGACCCAGGGCAUCACCGAGGGCCUGGAGGAGGCUUUGGCCACCAUGACCUUGGGCUCCGUGCGAUUGGUCCAAGUGCCCUCCUACAUGGGAUAUCCCAACGGCUUGGCGCGCGUUGGAGUCAAGCCGCCCUUGCGCCGGCCAAUCCCAAGGGAGGGCCUUCGUUACGAGGUGGAGCUCCUCCGUUGCGUUCCUGCGCCCAAAGAGAAUGGCGGAGAUCCCUCGCAGCGCUUGUGCUGCUCCGACCCCGAAUACCCAUGCAAGGUGCCUCCAAAACUACGGCUGGAUGUGAUCACGGAUGGCAGCUGAGGUACUUCAGCCAAGAAGUGUGACAGAA